CGUCGCGAGAACUGCGGACCCGCAGCCCCGCCAAUCAUGAGAAGGGCGGCGAUAUUUGAUGACGCUGCAGCCCCGCAGGGUCGCGGGCUCCAUCUCUGACCUAGUGGGGCCGCGUGGUGGAUUCUGGUAGUUGUAGUUUGCGGUGGCGCACGCGCCGGAAGCCAUGGCGGUUUCCAUGCCGACGGAGGACGCCGGCGCCAUGCGGCACUCCCGCUACUACACCCCCAGCGAGGUGGCGGCGCACAACACGGCGGCCGACCUGUGGGUGUCCUACCUGGGCAGGGUGCACGACCUCACCCCCCUGCUCCAGGACUUCCCAGGUGACGUUCUACUCAAACCAAUUCUGGAAGCAGCUGGACAAGACAUCAGCCAUUGGUUCGAUGAGGGACGUGAAGAUAUCCGCAUUGAGAUUGACCAGUUCACCAAUUGUCAGAAGUACCACACGCCUCGUGGCCGCUUCGUCCACAUCCCCCCACCCAUGCCGCAGAGCGACUGGUUUAACAAUUUCGGGACUCCAUGGUGGAAAGACCCAAAGUAUGAGGUUGGAUAUUUAAGCGAGAAAACAAGAUACAUCCGGAUCAUCAACACCCUCACAUCACAAGAACAAGUGCUCGAGGUCUGCAGCGAGGAGACAAUGAACGAAAUCUUGGAGCGGUACCUGAUGUACAACACUCAUGCGGCAAGCUACACCUGGAAGUACGACGGAGUGAAGCUGGACAUGGACAAGACCCUGGAGGAGAAUGGGAUUGUGGAUGAGGACGAGAUGUUCUACGAGCUACAGAUGGAGCCCGACAGCUUCCGCCAGUCCAUCCUGCUCUACUUCAACGACGACCUGACCGAGCUGUAGGGCUCGGUCACUGCAACGAGCCCGGGUACCUCCCCUCCACACCUCCGCCCUGGUUCUUCCCCAUGUUAAAUAUACGGAAUGUUCUUGUUGUUUAAUAAAAAUGAGAUUUCUCUCUCUUGA